UGGUUUGAACGUGCCAGCAUGCUGGUGAUCCUGCUGAACUGCGUCACUCUCGGCAUGUUCCACCCCUGCGAGGACAGCAAGUGCGAGUCGGAGCGCUGCAAGAUCCUGCAGGAUUUUGAUGACUUCAUCUUUGCAUUCUUUGCCGUGGAAAUGGUGAUCAAAAUGGUGGCACUGGGCAUUUUUGGGAAGAAGUGUUACCUUGGCGACACAUGGAACCGGCUGGACUUCUUUAUCGUGCUGGCUGGGAUGCUGGAGUACUCCCUCAACCUGCAGAACGUCAGCUUCUCCGCCGUGCGCACCGUCAGGGUUCUGCGCCCGCUCAGAGCCAUCAACAGAGUGCCCAGCAUGAGGAUCCUGGUGACACUGCUGCUUGAUACCCUUCCCAUGCUGGGCAACGUGCUGCUGCUGUGCUUCUUCGUCUUCUUCAUCUUCGGCAUCGUAGGGGUUCAACUGUGGGCAGGGCUGCUUCGCAACCGUUGCUUCCUGCCAGAAAACUUUACCCUCCCCUUGUCCCUGGACCUGUACAGCUACUAUCACACCGAGAACGACGAUGAGAACCCCUUCAUCUGCUCACAGCCGCGAGAGAACGGCAUGCGUCUCUGCAGCUCCGUGCCCACGCUGCACGAAGAGGGCAUACAGUGCCAGCUGGACCUCACGGCCUACAACAGCACAGACAACACGACCUGCAUCAACUGGAACCGUUACUACACAAACUGCUCCGCUGGCGAGGUCAACCCAUUCAAGGGAGCCAUCAACUUUGACAACAUCGGUUACGCCUGGAUUGCCAUCUUCCAGGUGAUCACUCUGGAGGGAUGGGUUGACAUUAUGUACUUUGUGAUGGACGCCCACUCCUUCUACAAUUUCAUCUACUUCAUCCUCCUGAUCAUUGUGGGCUCCUUCUUCAUGAUCAACCUGUGCCUGGUUGUCAUCGCCACGCAGUUCUCAGAAACCAAGCAACGGGAGAGCCAGCUGAUGAAGGAGCAGCGUGUACGCUUCAUGUCCAAUGCAAGCACUCUGGCGAGCUUCUCUGAGCCAGGCAGCUGCUACGAUGAGCUUCUCAAAUACCUGGUCCAUGUGGUGCGGAAGGCUAGUCGGCAGGUGGCCCACCUCACCAGGGCCGCGGCUCGCCGUGCUGGCCUGCGGGUUCGUGCAUCGCCUGCCUUAGGACCACCGAUGCAUAAACGUCAACGGCACCGGCUACGGCAGCCGGGCUCCGUGCACCACCUUGUGCACCACCAUCACCACCACCACCACCACUACCAUCUUGGCAAUGGCAGCAUCCGGGCCGACCGCCCGGCACCGCAGCCCAAAGACCUGGAGACAGGUUCCCAGCAUGACAGUUCUGGACACCUUGCUCCACCCACCACCCUGCCUUUAUCACCGCCCUCCCCUAAGCCCAGUCCUGUCUGCACUCCACCAGCCCCUCCGACACCAGGUAGUGCUGAGUCCAUUCGUAGCAUCUACCAUGCUGACUGCCACCUUGAACCCAUCCACUGUGGUGUCUCCUCUGGGCCGGCUGCUAGCCCUGCUCUGCAGGUUGGCAAGAGGAACUCUCAGUCCAGCACCUUGCCAGUGGUGCCCAAAAACUACCCUACCCUGCAUCCCUCCCCACCACAGGAGCAGCCAAAGGAAAUUGUCCCUGGCGAUUCCACAACCAGUGGCUAUGGAGGCAUGGCCCUUACCAGCCUCAACAUCCCACCGCAGCCUGUAAACAGCCCUCAGUGCCUCGUUGAGGCUAACAGCCCUACAGGCAAAGUCCCCUGCAAACUGGCCAACUGCGGCAACAGCCUAGACACCAAUCUGACCUUUGACCCUGAAAGCUGUCCGUAUUGCCUCAAGUCUAUGAGUCAGGACUCGGAAGGCACUGAGGGGAAUGAGACCCCCGAUACAGACAGUGAGGGAGUGUAUGAGUUUACACAGGAUGCACACUAUCGUGACCACCGGGACCCCAACCGGACAACGCGGUCCGGCAGGAUGGUCCUCGGUGUACGGGCGAGGAAGGCACUACGCUUCUGGAGACUUAUAUGUGAGACCUUCCGCAAGAUUGUGGACAGCAAGUACUUUGGCCGGGGCAUCAUGAUUGCCAUCCUUAUCAACACACUCAGCAUGGGCAUUGAGUACCACGAGCAGCCUGAUGAACUGACCAACGCCCUGGAGAUCAGCAACAUUGUCUUCACCAGCCUCUUCGCUUUGGAGAUGCUGCUCAAAGUUCUGGUGUAUGGACCAUUUGGCUACAUCAAGAACCCCUAUAACAUCUUUGAUGGCAUCAUUGUGGUGAUCAGUGUGUGGGAGAUAGUGGGCCAGCAGGGCGGCGGCCUCUCGGUGCUACGGACCUUCCGGCUGAUGCGCGUGCUGAAGCUGGUGCGUUUCAUGCCAGCCCUGCAGAGGCAGCUCGUGGUGCUGAUGAAGACCAUGGACAAUGUGGCCACCUUCUGCAUGCUGCUCAUGCUUUUCAUCUUCAUCUUCAGUAUAUUGGGAAUGCACCUGUUCGGCUGCAAGUUCGGCUCAGAGCAUGACGGCGACACCCUGCCGGACCGUAAGAACUUUGACUCUCUGCUGUGGGCCAUUGUCACCGUGUUCCAGAUCCUGACCCAGGAGGACUGGAACAAAGUGCUGUAUAAUGGCAUGGCCUCCACCUCCCCCUGGGCUGCACUUUACUUCAUCGCCCUCAUGACCUUUGGCAACUAUGUCCUUUUCAACCUGCUUGUGGCCAUCCUAGUGGAGGGGUUCCAGACAGAGGAAGUGUCCAAAAGAGAGGACAUGCUUGGCCAGCUGAGCUGUAUUCAGCUGCCAGCAGACUCGGGGGGCGAUGCAUCCAAGUCAGAGUCCGAAGUUGAUGCAUGCAGCCGGAGCAUGGAGGAUGUCUGGGGACACAAGAAGGGCGGCUCCGUCUCAUCAGUGGUGCCUAUUAAUGGACACGUGGACAUGAAGAACAGCCUGACCCCACCCCUGAUCACCCACACAGCUGCCACGCCAAUGCCUGUACCCAAGAUUUCUGGAGGUGGUGACCCAGCAUUAGGCUACGAGUCACGGCGUGGGAGCAAUGUCUCUGUCGAUCCCAGCUGCCAUGACACCAGGUCUCCGUCAAGCGCGCGGAGCUCCCCCUAUGCGCCCUGGAGCACAGCCAGCAGUUGGAAUAGUCGGCGCUCCAGCUGGAACAGCCUGGGCCGGGCCCCCAGCCUCAAGCGGCAGAAGCGCCAGUCCGGCGAGCGCCGCUCGCUGCUCUCGGGGGAUGGCCAGUCCAGCUCUGAGGAGGAGGAUGGGGGUGGUGGCGGUGCUUCCGAGGGUGAUGAGGCAUCCCUCUCACGGACAGACUCCCUGCACCGCCCGAGGCAUCGGCGCAUGGAGUCCGUAGAAACAAAGAGUUCUUUCGAACUGCCCCCCGACACCCUGCAGGUGCCCCCAUAUUUGUAUCGCUCGGCCAGCGUGCACAGCACCCGGCCUCCCAGCCUUGACUGUAAUGGCAAGAGCUCUCCCAGUGCUGCUGUGGCUCAACAACUGUCCCUGGAAGACCCCCAUAGUGAAGAUGACAAUGGAGACGAAGAGGUCAAUAUGAGUCGAAAAGCCCGGCUUUUCCGCUGGUUCGAGAAGAGGCAGCCUGAGUGGUGUCGCCAGAGGAAGACCUGGUCCCUUUACCUGUUCCCACCCCAGUCUAGGUUCCGCGUGACAUGCAAUAAGAUCAUCACUCAUAAGAUGUUUGACCAUAUUGUUCUGGUCAUCAUCUUCCUCAACUGCAUCACCAUCGCCAUGGAGAGGCCCCGGAUCGACCCCACCAGCGCUGAACGCAUCUUCCUGACGCUGUCCAACUACAUCUUCACCGCCAUCUUCGUGGCAGAGAUGACAGUAAAGGUGGCGGCCCUCGGAUGGUGCUUUGGGGAGCGAGCCUACCUGAAGAGCAGCUGGAAUGUUCUGGAUGGCAUGUUGGUGAUGAUCUCAGUCAUCGACAUCCUUGUCUAUAUGAUCUCAAACAGCGGCACCAAGAUCCUGGGCAUGCUCCGUGUUCUGAGGCUGCUGAGGACCCUCCGUCCACUCAGGGUCAUCAGCAGGGCCCCUGGUCUCAAGCUAGUGGUGGAGACUCUGAUGUCCUCUCUGAAACCCAUUGGCAACAUUGUAGUGAUCUGCUGUGCCUUCUUCAUCAUCUUUGGCAUCCUGGGUGUACAGCUCUUCAAAGGCAAGUUCUUUGUGUGCCAAGGAGAAGACACCAGGAAUAUCACCAACAAGUCUGACUGCCUGCAAGCCAACUACAAGUGGGUCAGGCAUAAGUACAACUUUGACAACCUGGGACAGGCAUUGAUGUCACUCUUUGUCCUGGCUUCCAAGGAUGGCUGGGUGGACAUUAUGUAUGAUGGGCUUGAUGCAGUAGGGGUGGACCAGCAGCCCGUGAUGAACCACAAUCCCUGGAUGCUUCUAUACUUCAUCUCCUUCCUGCUGAUUGUGGCAUUCUUCGUGCUCAACAUGUUCGUGGGUGUGGUGGUGGAGAACUUCCACAAGUGUCGGCGGCACCAGGAGGCCGAGGAGGCCAAGCGUCGUGAGGAGAAGCGACUGAAGCGGAUGGAGAAAAAAAGACGGAAUGUAAUGCUGACGGGUGUCAGUUGGGCCGGCCAGGGAGGCGCCGCGACAGAGGCCCAGUGUAAGCCCUACUAUUCAGACUACUCACCGACCCGCCUGCUCAUCCAUAAGAUGUGCACAAGUCACUACCUGGACCUGUUCAUCACCGUGGUCAUCGGCCUCAACGUCAUCACCAUGGCAAUGGAGCACUAUCAGCAGCCCAAGGUUUUGGAUGAGGCCCUUAAGAUUUGCAACUACAUCUUCACCAUCAUUUUUGUCCUGGAGUCAGUUUUCAAGCUGGUGGCCUUCGGAUUCCGCAGGUUUUUCAAAGACAGGUGGAACCAGUUGGACCUGGCUAUUGUGCUGCUCUCCAUUAUGGGAAUCACACUGGAGGAGAUUGAAGUCAACGCCUCCCUGCCCAUCAACCCCACCAUCAUCCGUAUCAUGAGGGUCUUGCGGAUCGCCCGCGUACUGAAGCUCCUGAAGAUGGCUGUUGGGAUGAGGGCUCUGCUGGACACUGUGAUACAGGCCUUACCUCAGGUGGGGAAUUUGGGUCUUCUCUUCAUGCUGCUAUUCUUUAUCUUCGCGGCGCUGGGGGUGGAGUUGUUCGGAGACCUGAUAUGCGACGAAACCCACCCUUGCGAGGGCCUGGGUCGAUACGCCACCUUCAGGAACUUCGGCAUGGCAUUCCUGCUGCUCUUCCGCGUCUCCACGGGGGACAACUGGAAUGGCAUCAUGAAGGACACGCUGCGGGACUGCUCCCAGGACAACGGCCCCUGCUACAACACAGUGGUCUCGCCUUUCUACUUUGUGUCCUUUGUGCUGACUGCGCAGUUCGUGCUGGUCAACGUGGUCAUUGCCGUGCUGAUGAAGCACUUGGAGGAGAGUAACAAGGAGGCCAAGGAGGAGGCGGAGCUAGAGGCUGAGCUGGAGGCAGAGCUGGAGCUGCAGACCAUGGGGGGAGAGGGUGGGGUGGGGGGGCCGCCCUGGAUGUCUGCCGAGCUGCAGGACAGAGCCGCCCCCCCAGACAGCCCCAGGGACCAUGCACACAUAAAGGCAGACUCUCCCCUGUGCCUGGAAGCACCACUGACGACCGAGCCACCGGACGCAGGGGAGCAGCCCACUGAGCACGAAGACAACCUGCUGAGCGUGCGGAAGACCUCCGUGGGCCGGACCCAUUCCCUCCCUAACGACAGCUACAUGUUCCUGGCCCUGCGGACUGCAGCCGCGACGGUGUCGCACGCCUCAUCCCCGCAGAGGGCCCAGUCAGGCUCCAGCAGCUCGGUACGCUCACAGCCCGAGGAGAGCUCCCAGCAGCUGACCGUGCCCUCCGACCUCUUCCGACCCAUCAGCCCCCACAGCCUCUCUGACUCAGAGAGCAUACCGCGUAUCCCUCCCCCUCGCCGCGGCCAUAACUUUGCCCGUACCCUGCGCAGACAGGUGGCCGUGGUCAAUGACUCGCAGGAGGCCCUCUACACAGAAGCGGCGGAAAGCGAUGGAGCGCAGGUGCCUGGAGGGUUGGCUGUGCCCCCAGUAGGUUUGCCCACCCAGCAGCAGCAGCAGCAUCAACCCACGGUCCUCCUGGUGCCUGCGACCCCCGGGGCGUCGCCCAAGCCUGGCCGCACCAGUGUGCGCACGCAGCACAAUGUCUACGACCAGCGCAACAUCUCCAAGACCCCGCCGCCAUGCCGCCUUCCUGUGCCGCCAACUGGGAGGCAGGAGGAGGACCCUGUGGACCAGGAGGUGUCCCGCAUUAUCCGGGAGGGGCUGGCAGGCAUCACCGGGGGCGGGGGCGGGGCCGGGGACGCGAGCCCAAGCCCAAGCCCUUGCCGACGGCAGCUGAAGAAGUUCCACAGCGCGGACACUCAGGGUCGGCGACCGCUGAUGCCGCGGCCCUGUUCCUGGUUAGAUGACCCCCGAAGGCACUCCAUCGAGGUGUGCUCCUCCGUGGAGAGCAGCCCCCAGCGCAGCUCCGUCUCCUCAGGCUUCGUGUCGCGCGCAGACAGUCUGCAGCAGACCCCAGCCGCAGCACCCCCACCAGCCUCUCCUCGCCGCAAGAAGAAAAUGAGCCCGCCCUGCAUCUCUGUGAACCCUCCGGACACGCAGGAGGCCACGCCCCCACCCCUCCUCAGCAGGGACACCUGUCUCAGGCGGCGUGCGCCCUCCAGCGACUCCAAGGACUCCUUUGACCUCGGCGGGGGGGAAGGGUCACCGCAGGAGGGUGCCCCCAACCCAAAGCUAUUGACUCUGCCCAGCUUCUCCUUUGAGAAGACAAGCACUGAGCACUGAUCCGCACACACGUGAA